CCUCUCGCGCCCCCUCCUGGCCGGGGGAGGAACCCGGUUUUGUUGACACUCUGACACUUAGCUUAGCUCCGACAGACACAGGCGACAUGGCGGCCGAAGUGAGGCAGGAGCUCGCACAGCUUAUGAAUUCCACCGGAUCCCAUAAAGAUCUCGCUGCCAAGUAUCGACAAAUCUUGGAGAAGGCCAUUCAGUUUACAGAUGCAGAUCAGCUGGAGUCAUUGAAAGCCUUUGUAGAAGCAAUGGUUAAUGAAAAUGUCAGCCUCGUCAUCUCCAGACAGCUGCUCACCGAUUUCUGCACACAUCUGCCCAGCCUGCCGGACGCCACGGCCAAAGCAGUGUACCACUUCACGCUGGAAAAGAUCCAGCCGAGGGUCAUCUCCUUCGAGGAGCAGGUAGCCUCGAUCCGACAGCACUUAGCAACCAUUUAUGAAAAGGAGGGAGACUGGAGAAAUGCUGCCCAGGUUUUAGUCGGCAUUCCCCUGGAAACAGGACAGAAGCAGUAUAAUGUUGACUAUAAGCUGGAUACGUAUCUGAAAAUUGCCCGACUCUACCUAGAAGACGACGACCCGGUGCAGGCCGAGGCUUAUAUCAACAGAGCCUCGCUGCUUCAGAACGAGUCGUCCAAUGAGCAGCUGCAGAUACACUAUAAGGUGUGCUACGCCAGAGUCCUCGAUUUCAGAAGGAAAUUCAUUGAAGCUGCGCAAAGAUACAACGAGCUCUCAUAUAAGUCAAUUGUCCAUGAAAGUGAACGUCUGGAGGCGCUUAAACACGCCCUGAACUGCACGAUAUUAGCAUCAGCAGGGCAGCAGCGCUCUCGUAUGUUGGCCACUCUCUUUAAGGACGAGCGCUGUCAGCAGCUGGCCGCCUACGGGAUUCUGGAGAAGAUGUACCUGGACCGAAUCAUCAGAGGGAACCAGCUGCAGGAGUUUGCCGCCAUGCUGAUGCCCCACCAGAAAGCAACCACAGCCGACGGGUCGAGCAUCCUGGACAGAGCUGUGAUUGAACACAACCUCCUGUCCGCUAGUAAACUCUACAACAACAUCACGUUUGAAGAACUGGGAGCGCUGCUGGAAAUCCCCCCGGCAAAGGCUGAGAAGAUAGCUUCCCAGAUGAUCACUGAAGGACGCAUGAAUGGCUUCAUCGACCAGAUAGAUGGCAUCGUACACUUUGAAACCCGUGAGCCCCUUCCUACCUGGGACAAACAGAUCCAGUCUCUAUGUUUCCAAGUCAACAACCUCCUAGAAAAGAUCCGAACGGCGGCUCCAGAGUGGGCGGCGCAGGCUAUGGAAGCCCAGAUGACCCAGUGAAGCACCUCCACCUCCUCUAAACCUCCUCUAAACCGCCCCAUCCACCCGUUUUCUUUUUUUCUUUCGGCUAAAUGUUUCACACCGUUUUUAUUUCUCGGCUCAGCGCUUCUCUCAGCGUAUCUAUCGAUCACACGUUACUGGGUGGAGUUGUUCAGAUGUGUUUGACCUGUGAUGAAGAAGAAGAUACGUACUCGGUUGUUAAUUUCACGACACUGCUACGUCUGUACAGCUGGGGUCAUGUAAAAAAAAAAAAAAGAAAAAACUCAUAAAGGAGAAAUAAAUUCAAAGCUGAAUGUG